GUUUUUUCGAGCGAGCUUCAUGACGUCGCUCUCAGAAGAGGAGCGGCCCAUCGAUGUGUUCCUCGUGGACUUAUGUGGAAGCAGUCUAGUGAGGUCCGUCAGCGGCAUCCAUGCCGCGUCGUUCGACACGUUGGUUCGUACGAUUCGCCACCCUAUCCACUUGCACAGGUUGUUCACGGACAUCAUUGAGGUCGUCGAUGCCGCGCAACAGAGCGAAUUGCUUGACGCGUUGGUGUUCAUGGUGAAACACGAGUCGUCCAAUGCACAUGCAUGCAUCGAGGUGGGGUUCCAUCGGUCCAUCGUGACCUUUCUCGAGGCAAGGGGGCUAUGGCAUGGGUUUCCUCGGCCGCUACUGAACCGGCUCCUGUCGCUCCUGUUGCACAUUUCGCAGUACUCCAUUGCCGUCGACGAUAUCCGAGCCAUGCUGCAAGUGUUUCAAUGCGAGCGCAUGAAGCAUGACGAGCCAGACGAAGACGCGGUGACGGCGUACUUGUCGACUCUGGAAUUGAUGGCGCGAAGUGUCACUGGCCCGUCCACGUACCUGGAGCUGUCCGGAGACCACUCGGGCUUUUCCAUCGCGUCGAUGGACGCGAUUCCAUUCCCGUCCGCCGGGUACACGCUGUCGGCAUGGCUCCGCGUCGAGUCGGCUCCAGGGCUCAACUCGCCCCUCUUUUCUCUGUGCGGCGACAGCGGCAUUGGCAUUGAGAUCUCGUUCAUGGACACGACAUUGGUGGUCAAGGGGUUGGAUUCCAAGAAGAACGAGUACAACGAAGUGCAAGUGCCGAAUGCGCUCGUCAAGCACCAAUGGCAAUGGAUAUGCGUCGUGCACACGCAUCGCCAGAUCCGAGGCUCCAAGCUGGACGUGUACAUCAACGGCGACUCGCGGCAGUCGUACCGGUUCAAUUACCCCAAAGACGCGACCGUGUCCAAGAUGCAGUGCCUUGUCGCUCGAGCCAAACACGAUCACAGCAGGUGUCUCAAGGCGCAGCUGGGGCCCGUCGCGUUCUUUUCGCAUCCGUUGCAAGCCAGCAUUGUGGAAAGCAUCAAAUCGUUCAGCGAUUACGACAACGUGGUGCUGCAGUACAAUGCGUCGGUCGCGUCGUCGCAUGUCACGACGUCGUUGGCCUUGCCAAGCACCCUUGCCACGUUGCCAGCUACUACGCCAGCUACGACCACAGGUCCCGAUGGACUGCUGUUUGCACUGGACGCGCGUAAUUUCGAUGUCAAGCGGAAUAUGCUGUUGGAUGCGAGUGGGCACAACCACCACGGGGAGAACAAUCACCUGUCGUCGCCGUCGACAAUCCGACUGCGCACGACCACGUCGUUCAAAGAGUCCAUUUGGCAGAUGGGGGGACCCAUCGUUUUCUUCCCGUUGCUGCUGCACCCCUCCACCCAAUCCGCAGCGUUGACGAGUUGCCAAGCAACUACCUCACGACCGCUAGGGAUCUCGAGCGUGCCAAAAGUGAUGAGUCUCGUGGCUGAAACCCUCCGCCACUCGUUGAUCAACAAGUUUAUCUGUCGCCGGACGCAAGCAAUCCCGAUGAUGUCCCUACUCCUGGGGUCGCUCCCUCCAGCGUACCUCACAGCAGAGUUGCUGAGUUCCAUCGAACGGCUGUGCAGCGCCGUGUCGUCGGAUCGAUUCAUAUCUGACGAAAUACAUCGGUAUUUGCUCUACAAUUUCCGCCUCUGGGUACCCGCGUCCCUCAAGAUUCAGAACUCGAUUUUCGACAAGCUGCACGUGGCGAUCAAGAAGAAGUUUGUGUCGUCGUCCGUCGUGUCGAUUCGAUACAUGCUCCGCCUGCUCUCAACACAGUAUCAGACGUCGAUUCUGCCGCCAACCGCUGGAACCGGCGGCGGCGGCGGCAGGUCCUCCCACAUGCGCGGCCGCAUCUUGGAGACGAUCCGGAUUCUCUUGUACGACCCGGAAUCGUGGGCCAAGGCGCAGAGCCAGCGAAAGUACCAGCUCAACAGCAUCAUCAUGGGCGUGUCCAACUCGGUCAACUCGAUGGGCGUGUCGUUCGAUGCGGCGCGGACGCUGAUUUACAGCAUGCUCGGCAAGGCCACAUUUCCCCAAGGCAACAUUGACGACACGAUCAAAGGCACGGUUGUGAGCGAGGCAGAGAUGGAUGCUGGGGCGAUCCCUGAACACGUAGCCGAGACGGACAUCCCCGACCUGUUGCAAAUUCUGGUGGAUUUCUCCGUUACCCCAGCAACGCAGACGGAAUUUCUGAGCAUUUUCGAGCGCUUGGGGGGGCUCCGCAUCUGGCUGCCGUUGAUUUCGACGGCGAAUGCACAAGUGCGUCGUAUGACGUUGCGGCUGUUGCGGACGUACAUUGUCAUCAAGUGCGACAGUUAUCCCAAUGCAAACCCAAAGCCGUCGCUGUCUGCCGUGGAUGUGCGCAUGAUCUUGGAUUCGCUGCAUGUGGCCGAGUUUCCGCUGCAAAUGGGCAGCUUCAACGAACUCGUGUCGUUGGUUUUGGGCAUCGAUUAUGGCGAUCCGACGGCAGAUCCAUUUGCCCUCGUUUCCCACGACCACGCCGAGAUGCUGGCCGACAACAUCUUGCUCACGAGCAGCAUCCGGCAUCCGAAUAUGGUGGUGCCGAUGCUGGAACUGAUUCAAAAGUGCCACCUCCACGUCCGCUGGGUCGGCCUCGAGUGCUUUAAGCUGCUGCUAUCCGAUGACAACGUCGAAGGUGCUUUGAAUCGACGCGUGUUUCUCGCGUGUUAUGCCACCCAAGGCUACGCGCCGUACCCCGUCGAAGUGUUCUUUGCGAGCUUUGUCACAGACGCCCCACAGCUCCCAGCAAGCGACAACUCGUUUGCUGAAGCGUUCUCGUCCGUGUCGACGACUGGCUUGCGUGACGUGCCGAUUCUGCGGCUGCGAGAGUUGAUGGCGAAUGUGGAUCUAGCAGACGAUGCGCGUCUUGGCGCUGCGAUGUCGCUGCUAUUGCUUGGCGACCACCAGUCUCUGUUCGACUUGCUCUCGAACGACAGCGCCAAGUGCGACCAAUACCGCCGCUAUAAGCAGUUGGCCAAGGACAACACUUUGCUUUCGAAUCGAUUCAAAACCGGGAUGCGCAUGCUCCUGAGUUCAAUCGCUCGAUCUCGUACCCAGGAGCAUGUAGUGGCCACGUGCAUGGACGUGAUGGCCCACAUGAUCGUCGUCGACAUGAAAACGAACGAGGCGGCGUACGAACUGGUGCUCCAUCCAUUCAAACUCGUGCCGAAUCAGCCGCACGUGGUGAUGACGUGGCUCAAAGUGCUCGUGGAUCGACUGGGUGCCCUUGUCGACUCGCACAUGCCGCCCAAGGGGUCGCUCUGCUGGCGCAAUCUCGACAACAUUUGCUCGAUCGCGACGUCGGUCGUGCUGCAUUUUGAUCCGUGGGCCAGCGUCACGACGACGGCGUGCCAGCGGGAGUCCCUCGUCGACGAAGACGAUGGGAGAACGGCGGCGGCCGUGUUUUGGAAGGCCAAGGACGAGUACGCCAAGGAACGCGAAUUGAGCGACGCCAUCUUGAACGUGUGGCACAAGUGUGCGUCUAGUCUCAGCUGCGACGUGGACGCGUCGUUUGGCCGAACCGCCCAACCCCGGCUGAGCUUGUCCAGCAGUCAAGUGCCCGUGGCCACCCGCAGCUCCCCGAGCACCGGCGCCGCCGCCAAACGAAACUCGAUCAAGGACCAGUCCCAACCUCCGACAAUCGCCCCGUCGUCGCUGCGGCAGUUCCCCGGUGGUGCCAUGCGUCAGAUCCUAGCGUUGAUCCUGCGGUCCAUGUACAUGGCCAUCAAAGACCAAGACAUGUUUUUACAUUCUCACGGCGAGUACAACGAAGAGGACGAAGAUGAGGAAGAUGAGGAAGACGAGGAUGAGAGUCCAGCGCCCCGCCGACGGAGCCGCGUCAACUCAACCGUCGCGUUGGACGCUGUGUUUGCCGCCAAGCUGGCAAAACUCGACUACUUUGUCGAGCUGCUCCAGUUGAACCAACAGAACUACGUGCCGGCGAAAGAAGACGCGUCGUUGGUGCAUUGGCUCGCGCUGGAACUGCGCCAUCUCAUGGAGGAAGCGGGCCGGCUUAGUGUGCACGAGCCACGUUGGACAGACGGGGCUCGCCGAUGCGCCGAGUUUGUGUCGCGAGUAUUAUUGCAAAACACGCAAAACGUGGUGACUUCGGUCGACCACGUGCGAGCGUUGCUGGAUCGACAAGAGUUUGAGUUGACAGACACUGAAGUCGGUCGGCGGGACCUGUUUUACCACGAGUAUUUGGAAACGUCGCAAGAAAUUCGCCACAAGAAAAAGUCGCAUGUGCUGGCGGUGGUCGAGUAUGAGCGGGAAUGCGCCAAGCAGGCCGUGGACGUGGUCUUGGCCUCUGGUAUUCAAGUCCGGCCUUCCACCGACCCCGUCUGGCUGCAACGGGUCCAUGCUAAGGACGUCGACGACUGGAUGAAGCUGGAGCGCGUGCUCCGCUGGAACAUCCGACACGUGUGGUCCGUCGAUUCGUUGAGCCAGGCCACCAAGUGGCAGCUCGACUCGUUCACGUCGUCCAAGUGGAUGCGCUGUCGCCUCUUGCCCGACGUUGACAAGGUGCACCCGUACAAGAAGCUCGCCAGGACCAUCAACAACUCUUUGUACGACGCCCUCGUUAACGACACGUUGGCGUCGACGCCAGCCAUCCUCGUCUUACCACCAAGUGCCGACGACGACUUGGACGACGACAAUCAGCAUACACUUGACGUGGACGACGACCGCGUCCACGUUGUCAUGGGAAGGUCCACCGACGACGACUUGGACGACUUAGACGACAUGGUCGACAUGGUCGAGGGAGAUGUGAUGGAGAACGUGCAAUUAUCCCUUCCGAGAUCGUCGCGCGAUGAUACGUCCAUGCUGGGGAGUGUACCGACGGCGGCAUCUCCCAUGGCGUCGUCUGUCGAGAUUUCUGGUGCAGUGUCCUCUCCCCCUCCUCUGGCUGAAGUUGAACCAGUGAAACGGGCGUCCAUGUCGUCCCGAUUUGUGACAGGGUUGCGCUUGCCGAUGUUUUCGACCAAAAAAGUAGACAAGGUGGAAAGCAGUGGUGCCAAACAACCCGUAGACGACGUCGCUCCUGACCACGAAGGCGGUGUUGUGCCAACCGACAAUGCUGCAAGGGUACCGUCUCCUGCCGACGACAAGCCGCCGAAAAAGCUCAUCACGAGGGGCAGCUUUCGAACGAUGGCGUACAUCGUCCUCCCCGAGGGCCGCGUGGUCCGUGGCAUGUUCCGGUUGGGAUCAAUGAGCAUCGUGUUUGAAGGAGAAGCGAUCGUCGACGAACAAGAAGACAGUCGCGCCAGUAGCAUCGUGCUGCUCAAGCGCCGGAUCUUUGGCAUGCGCGUGAUCAAGUCCAUUUACCGCCGGCGCUUCAACUUGGACAUUCUGUGCGGGAUGGAAAUUUACUUUGUCGACGGCACGUCUCUUCUGAUUGGAUUCGAGACUAGCCAUGACGUGGACACGGCAUUUGCCAUCAUUCGACAGCGCAAACCGCCUUGUUUGGUCUCGACCAAGCGACUGCUCACUGGGGAUCGACUCGUGCAAAGCUCCCACUGGCAUGCCACGGCCAAGUGGGUGCGUCGAGAGAUUUCCACGUUCGAGUACCUCAUGCUUCUCAACGUUGCGGCCGCUCGCUCGUACAACGACAUCACGCAAUAUCCAAUUUUCCCGUGGGUAUUGAGUGACUACGCGUCGGCCCAGUUGGACUUGGAGGAUCCUGCGACGUUUCGAGACUUUACCAAACCGAUUGGCGCCCAAUCUCCCCACGGGGUUCAAGCUGCGACCCAACGGUAUCACUCCACCACGGCCGAGUUUCCGUACCAUUUCGGUGCUUCGUAUUCGAGCCAAGCUGCCGUCUUGACGUACUUGAUGCGCAUGGCGCCAUUCACCCAAGCGUCCAAUGCGUUGCCCGAAAGCAGCCUGCAACCAUUGUCGUCCAUUGCAGCAAUGUGGGAACGCUGCACGACUUCCGUGGGCUGGGAACUCGUGCCUGAACUGUACAUGACGGCGGAAGGCCUCUUGUCUGCCGAGUUUGGCAAUGUCGUGUUGCCACCAUGGGCCAAUGAGUCGGUGGACACGUUCAUUCGACUGCAUCGGCAGGCGCUGGAAAGCGAUUACGUGUCGAUGCACUUGCACAGUUGGAUCGACUUGGUGUUUGGGACGUCCCAGCGCGGGCCGGACGCUGUGGACAGCCUCAACGUGUUUCAUCCCGUGUGCUACCCCGACGGACUCAACCUGAACCUGCUGGACCUGAACACGAGAAAGCAGUUUGCAGAGCGCGGGACGAUCCCCGUGCAGUUGUUCAAGGCGCGCCACCCCCGACGACUCACGGUGGACGAAUCGCUCGAAGCCAGGUAUCCCGCGUCGCAUGCGGUGGCGAGUUUGUCGUCGCGAAGUCAAGUGCGUCGAUACGACGUCUCCUCCCGCCAUGACAUGGCUCUGUCCAGCGUUCGGUUUUCAUCGGCCACCGCCACGGGUGGAGGGAUGGGAGCGAUGACCAAGUCUGUCAAGGCCAAAGUGUCGGACAAUACUUUGGUGUCUUCUGCACCCGUGGAAGUCCAUGGCAGCAUCGUCUACUCGUGCGACGAAACGGGGCUGGUGCUGGCCAAACGGUACCAGAAUUCCACUCCCGAUGCGACCAAGGGGGUCCCCUUUACCCUGCAAGACGUCGAGCAGUGGUGGCGCCUUCCCGCAAUGUGUUCGAUCGUCGACGGCAUGGUCUACUACGAGCACAUGAUCAGUUGCGGGUACUUUGACGGAAGCUGGCGCAUCCACUGGUCUGCUGACGGGGAAUUGCUGCAACGCAUUGCGUUCCACAAGCAGAAGAUCUUGUGUAUGGCUCGCAGCGAAGACGACGUCACGGGUGACGUGGCGCUCGCAUUUGGCAGCGAAGACUGCACCAUUUCGGUGUGGGCCAUCUCCAAGUUUGCCGCGAGUCGAUCGCGGCGGAUGUUUCUAUCGACGGCCAAGAAGGAACUGCCUGUGGGCAACUUGCCGUGGGUGCUCCUUGUAGGGCAUUCGCGACCUGUGGUCACUGUGGCCAUCAACGUGGAGCUGGACGUGGUCGCGAGCACGUGCACGGGCCACACGCUGCUGCUGCACUCGCUCCGGACAUCGUGUCCUCUUCACGCGAUGGACUUGUCCGUGCCAACCAUCCAGCGCACGUCGCUGCACCUGACGAUAUCUGCGCAAGGAUCCAUCUUGUGCCACGCCAUCCACGAUGCGAACCAGCUCAACUCGGACACCAACUGGCGCGCGUCGUCGACGCAGUCGGAGCUGCUUCUGGUCUCUCUGAACGGCCGCGUCAUGUCCCGAGUGACGCUUUCCUCCCCCGACAACCGCCCCAUGACGCUGCUGCAGCGCGGGGUCACGUUCACUCGCUGCGGGGAGUUCGUUGUGACCGCCAACGCCACCCGCGACGGCGGCGGCAUCGAAGUGCGCCCCAUCGGCGACUUGAACUCGUGUGUCCGCCGGAUUGAAACCAACCGGUCGUCCGUGCUCACGUGCUUUGGACUGUCCCAAGAUGAGCGAUGCGUGGUGGCGGGGUACGAAGACGGAUCGCUGGUCAUGUUUGCCUUGCAUUACGGCAUCAGUGACCAAGGCCGACUGCUCAGCGACAAGCGGGCGCGGGAGGUGGAAGCCGCCGCGUUUGCCCGCGCCACGACCUCAAACGUCGCCCAGCCUGAAGUCACGACGUUGUCCGUGCCGCCAGGCCUCGAACUGGACCCGAUCAUCCUAACCAACCUCACAAAUGUAUUUUUGAAACUCAAGCGACCGUGCGUGGCCGACGACGUCGAGUUCGAGCAGCUCUUGCGGCAGUUCUGGGGCGCGGUGUACCCCCCCAUGGACAUUUUGAACGAGGACAUCAAGUACGAGCGAGUGGGGGCAUCGUGGAGUCGGCUGGGCUUUCAACGGCCCGACCCCACGACGGAUUUCCGUGCGGGCGGCAUCUUGAGUUUGCACUGCCUCGUGUCAUUCGCUUCGAAAUACCCCACCGAGGUAAAACGCAUGACGUCGAGUCAAAUCCCCGGCUCCCACGAGCACACAUACCCGUGGGGUCCCGUGGCGAUCAACAUCACGUGCAUGAUGGCGUCUCGGCUGUGGGGGGCCGACGGCCAGCUGCACAAAGACAGGGAGAACCUCUGGCCAGUGUUUGCCAGCCCCGACGCGUUUUACGUCAUGUUUGCCGAAGGUACUCGUCUUAAUGGAGUGUCAACGACGCGAAUUAGUGUGAUGUGAAUGACACUAAUUGUUGUUUGUAGCGUUUCUGCUGUUUGAUUGCGCGUGGUACACCAUGAACGCGCAGUACAGUUCGUUUUCCGGGGUGAUGGAAGCUAUCACAAAUGACGUGAUGGUCGUGCUCAAGGACAACCAUGGAUCGCUCGAUGAAUUCCAGCGAUCCAUUCGAGCUCGAGCCGCUGCGCUGGAAACCAGUGCCACGCCUCAACCGCCUUCAACGACGACGACUGAACCGGCGGUCGAUUCGGCAGUGGUGACAGACAACUUGAUCACGUUCUCGCCGCCGUCGUCCCCACUUCCGUCCGGACCUCCCCCAAGCGAUAUUUUCAGUUUAUUGCAGUUCUCCCCCCCGAAACCGAUGCCAUUGGUGGACCCAUUUGCUGAAAUUAGGGAUCCAUUUGCAUCGCCCGCCCCAUUUCCAGGCACUAGUCCACUAGACGUGAUGGCCUUGCCGACGGAAACCCUUCCCCCACAACCCCCUUCGUAUCCUGCGAGCAAUGAUCCGUUUUCUCCUCGCAACAUGCACCAAGGCGGUCCGUUGGACUACACAGAUGACCCGUUCGCGGGUCUUUAACGUCGCAGUUGCAUAUAUAAAACAAAUUUGUUUGAUACAGUACUUCGUGUCAAAUAAUGUACUAUUAAUAGUACUCAUUUAUAUUGGAU